GCGAAACCGUCGCCAUCGAGCGCUGCUGGGGGGGCGGAGAAAGGGGGAAAAAAAACCCCUCAACCUCUCGCGAGAGGCGGCGCGAGAGUCUCGCCCGAGUGCUGUGGCCCCGCCUCCUGGUCCCUGUCGGCGGCGGCGGGUUGUCACCUCUUUCCCUUCCCUCUCUCUCGGUAUUCCUUUCCUCCCCCACCUCCUCUCUCUCUUUUUCUCUCACCGGUCGCAAGGCGGAGGCGACGAGAGCGCGUGCGCGAGAGAAGAGGUGGCGCCCCGCGACGGCGACUGAGAGGACCUGAGGCGCGCGAGCCCGGCAGAGGGGAGGAGGAGGGGGCCGCGCGCGUGCGCCCCCUGAGAGGCGGAGGGGGGAGGAGCGGUUCCUCGAGUGUCCUUUUUUCAUUAUGGACUGAAGCAACUCCGGCUAGGCUUUAUUGGCAAGCAAGGGAAAAAAAUACAGCUGUGUUUCUCCUUUGCAUUUUGCCAGUAGCUAAAGCACAGAAGAGAUAAUCCACAACAGUGUAAAUGAGUCAGAAUGGAUCAAGAAGGUGGGGGUGAAUUCCAAAAAACCCCUAAUUUUCAGUGGAGAAACUACAAGCUCAUUGUUGAUCCAGUGCUCAAGCGGGCUGCCCACAAGAUCUAUCGCUACGAUGGGGUGCAUUUCAGCCCUAACGAUUCGGGCUAUGCCCCUGUGGGAGAUCUGCGGGAUCCAAGGCACCGGAUAUGGUCCAAAAACCGAGACCUUUCCCUACCUGUCCCAAAGUUUAAGCUGGACGAAUUCUACGUCGGCCAGAUCCCUCUGAAGGAGGUGACCUUCGCUCGGCUCAAUGACAACAUCAAGGAACCUUUCCUGGCCGAGAUGUGCAAAAAAUACGGCGACAUCGAGGAGAUCGAGAUACUUUACAAUCCCAAGAACCGCAAGCACUUGGGCCUGGCCAAGGUGCUCUUCACCAGCACCCGGGGCGCGAAGGAAACGGUCAAGAACCUGCACAACACUUCCGUCAUGGGCAACAUCAUCCACGCCCAGCUGGACAUUAAAGGUCAGCAGCGAAUGAAGUACUAUGAGCUGAUUGUGAACGGCUCCUAUACGCCUCAGACUGUCCCCACGGGGGGCAAAAUGCUGAAUGAGAAGUUCCAAGCAGACUCGUCGGAAUCUCGAAGGCGCCACUCAACUGACUCCUACCUUGGAAACACAAUUCCUUCAACACCUGGCAACGGCACGCCCUGCUCUCAGGACACCCCCUAUUCCAGCGGAUGGCAAGACACGCCUUCCUCCUAUGGCCAGUACACGCCACAGUCAUCCCAGGGAACUCCAUACACCCCUCGGGGAGGCACACCGUAUUCCCAGGAUUCUGCGUACUCCAGCAGGCAAGGGACACCAGGUUACUCUACUUACCAGACAGAGUCAACGUCGUACAAAUCCCGCCGGCACGAAAACAGUUUUUCAGACUCCUACACCCGGCGACAUUAUUCCUCUUCAUCGUCUUCAUCUUCUUCGUCGUCCUCCUCCUCCACUUCGCACUACCGCAGCAAUGACCAUCACUACCCGCCCUUUAGUCAGCAGUUCGAUGGUGGCAGCGCUGCAGCGGUCAGCAGCAAUCGGUACCAGCGCCAUUCGACCACCUCGGAAGGGCGCUCUUCUUCCUCUCACCGCUCCCACCAAAGAGAGGACUCUGGGUUCCACCCCCGGCACAGAGAGCGCUCCCAACGGGAUGAUCCUCCACCUUCCUCCACCGCUGUUACUACCACCGCGGCUGCCUCCACCCCCACCAACUCCUCUUCUUCCUCGUCCUCCUCUUCGUCUGCGGCGACAACAUCAGAUAGUGCUCAGUUUCAGAACAGUCAUACUUUUGCUGCGCAGAGUGCCGAGCAUUUCCCGGCACCAAGUGCGCUCUACCCAACUUAUACAGCCACUCCAGAGCCCUUCUCCUUACCUUCCGAGCCCCACCCGGUGGACAAGGACUAUCGGCUGCUCCCUACGGCCGAGACGUUUGCUGCCAAUUCCCUGCCUCCCACUGAAUUUCUCGCUCAGGAAUCGAAGGAGAACAUCAGCCCUGCACUGACAGCCGCUCUAGGGAUCGACGACCGGUCUCAUUCUCCUGCCACGCAAACCUCGCCGGCUCGCUCAGGCUCUCCAGCCCCCGAGACGACCAACGACGUCCCUUUCGCUCAGCACAGCAGCCUGGACUCCCGCAUUGAGAUGCUGCUGAAGGAACAGCGGUCCAAGUUUUCUUUCCUGAAUUCAGACACGGAGGAGGAAGAGGAGAAGGGAGGGCCCCCCAAGGGAGGGGAGCCCCACGGACCCUGCACGCCCCCCACGCUGCCAGUCAGCUUCGAGGACGUGGUGCCCGCUUUGGACUUGGGCUCUGGAGCAGAAUCCCCCAAAGCGAACGGGCAAGACAGGGCAUCUCAGCAGUCCUCAGGUGAAGACAUGGAAAUCUCAGAUGAUGAGGCAGAGGUGGAGCCCCCAACUCCUGUGACCGGAGUAUCCGAACCCCACUUUCCCGUGAUGCCCUCAGCCCUGGGCCACUUACCACUGGGCGUGUCCUCUUUCAAUCCCCAUCACCGGCCGGAGCCGCUGCCUCCCGGCUACCCUCUGCAGCCUCUCAUGUCCGUCUCCCUUCCCCACCUGGCGGGUAAAACCCACCCACUGCCCACCUACAGCCAGGUUGGGCCGCGGCACACGCCCCGCCUGUCAGACUUCAGGGGGCGGGCGGGCGUGGUCGGCGGGGGCCGAGGCGCCCCCCACAUCUACGACUUUGUGAACUCCAUGGAGCUGAUGAACCGCCUGGGCAACCAGUGGGGCGGGAUGCCCAUGUCCUUCCAGAUGCAGACGCAGAUGCUGAGCCGCUUGCAGCAGCUGCGAUGGGAACUGAGACCGGGGGCCACUCCGUUCUGCGUGACCUCUCUUCACCGAGGCCGCGGGUACUUGAUGGACCAGGGCGCCUGCCACUUCCAGAGGGACCAGCUGUUCAUGCAGCAGCCAUCCGUUGAUGCGAGACGGCAACAGCAGCGUUCACCGGGCAGCCCCUCUGCCUGGCGCCUCCUUGAUUUCCAGGUGGCCCAUUAAGAGGUACCAGCAGGAAAAGUGGCGCCGCGCCCCAAGGACCCCCACGCCUGCGUGGUGGACAGCGUCCUCGCCACACUCAUGCAGGAGAUGAAGAACACCAUGCAGCGCGACCUCAACCGCAAGAUGGUGGAGAACGUGGCUUUCAGCACUUUCGACAAGUGGUGGGAGCGCAAGGAGGAGAAAGCCAAGCCUUUCCAGAGCACUGCGAAGCAGCUAGCCAAGGAGGAGGAGAAGGAUAAAACCAAACUGAAAGACCCCGCCCUGCUGUCCUUGGUCGACUGGGCCAAGAGCGGCGGUGCUGGCGGCAGCCUGGAGGGGUUCGGCUUUGGGACCGGCUUUCGAGGAGUCCUCAGGCUCCCAUCCUUCAAGGUGAAAAGGAAAGAGCCAUCCGAAAUCUCGGAGGACAGUGAAGUAAAGGAGCCACGCCCGUCUACUCCUGCUGAAGAGGAUGAGGAGGAUAAGCAGUCCUCUCAGAUACCCAAAGUGUCCAAGAGAGACGAGGAGCGAAUUAAGGGCCCAGGAAAAAGGCGGAAGCUCUUCUGCCUGGACAGUGAAGGGGAGGAGGCGUCUGAGGACUCCUCUUCUGAAAAGGAGGAGGAAGAGGAAGACCGGCGAAGGAGAGCCGAAGGGCAAGGGGCCAGAGGCCGUCACCGGAAGGCCAAGGAAUCGGAAGAUGACGCCGACAGCGACGCUUCCUCCAAGUAUUCCCUUUACGAAGAGUCCGACGAGGACAGUGACAGCACGUCUGACUCCGAGAGCAGCUCUUCCUCCUCAUCUUCCUCGUCGUCGUCCUCCUCCUCCUCAUCCGACGAGGAGGAGGAGGCUGAGAGUGGGGAGGAAAUGGAUGAAUCGGCCCCGGGCGGCGGUUCUGCCCAGCCAUUGCCGGGCCCAGAAGAGGGGACACAGCAAGCAACUGUUGCCGAACUGGCCAAGAAGAAACCAGAAGUAGCGGGUGUCCAGGGCCGUGGAGUAGAGGAGAGACCUGCUCCUUUGGAGGAGAGCCAGCCAGUCCCAACACCGGAGGAGAAGGAUGCCGGAACAGUAUCUAGGGCAGAAGAGCGGCCGUCCUCACCUGUCCUCCUCCUGCCUCCGCCCAAGAAGCGCCGGAAAACGGUCUCCUUCUCUACACCCAGUGAGGAUGACUCCAGGAAAGGGGCCUUGGAGAAGCUGCCCGAGCUGGCCCCCCCAGCUCUUCCGCCCCCUCCUCCUCCUCUUCCCCCCACAGAGGAAGCACAACUCCCACUAGUGCCUGUGGAACCCACAUUACCACCCCAAGUGUCCUUAACCUCAGUCCCCCCACCUCUGGUUCCCGCCUCCCUGCCCCCCACGUCAUUCCCCGCCAGGCCGGUAGCUGCUCCUGGCCGGAAGCGGGAGCCCCCCAAAGCCAGCCAAAGAACAAUCAGCAACCUGCCCGCUGACCAUGCCUCCAUGGUGAAAUGUUGGUCAGACGAGCUGCAGUCGAGCGGCCGUUCCCGGAACCGCUCUCGUUCUCGGAGCUCGGAACCCCCUCGGCCGCCGCCCCCGCCCCCAGAAGAAGACAAGCUGCGCCUGCGUGAGCGGAUGGGCGCCUCCUCGCUGCUCGAGCUGGCCAAUCAGCCCAACCUGUCAGUGCUGGCGGACGUGGCUCUCAAGAUGCCCGUCGGCGCGGGCAGCGAAGACUCCGAGGCGACGGAAACCUCCGACGAGGCCGAGGAGUCCAAGGCCGCGCUGCCUCCUGCCCUGUCCCUCGAAGUCAGCAACAUUCUCUUGGAGCAUAACUACGCCAUGGCCGUCCGGGUGGCACCGGUGACUGCUCCCCGCAAGCCGGAGGAGGCACCCUCGCUGGGCUCCGCCGACCUGUUGCGGGUGGAUUUGUACAGCGAGCCCCUGGGGGAAGUCUUGGAGGCUCCAGAGGUGGUGGUGGCGGACGCCAGCGAGGCCAAAGCUGAACCGGAGGUCGGCGACCUGGUCGCGCUGCCGGUGCCGCCUUCCCUGCCAGCUGAGAAGCCAAAAGCAGCUGUCCCGGAGCAGCAGGCAGCCAAAAAGCCCCACCCCCAGUGGCUGAAGGAGGAGCCCAUGAAAGACUUGGGGCCCUUAACUUUCGGACCUGAGGAUCUGUUUCCUUCAGAGAGCGAGGAGGAGGAGGAAGACGAGGAGGAAAGCGCCGACAGCAGCGACGAAGGCGAGAUUCGCCGGAGGUCCCUCCGCUCCCACUCGCACAAGCACGCCCCGGCUCGGCCCCCUCUGCCGCCUCCCGUCUUCGAGACGCGGAGCGAGUUCGAGCAGAUGACCAUCCUGUACGACAUCUGGAACUCGGGGCUGGAUUUGGAGGACAUGAAAUACCUGCGGCUGACCUACGAGCGCCUGCUGCACGAGGACAACAGCACGGACUGGCUGAACGACACCCACUGGGUCCACCACACCAUCACCAAUAUUGCGAACCCCAAGCGGAAGCGGAAAUCCUCAGACCUCCGGGAGCACCAAACAGGCUGCGCCCGCAGUGAAGGCUAUUACCACAUCAGCAAGAAGGAGAAGGACAAAUACCUUGACAUUUGCCCAGCUACUGUUCAGCAGCUAGAACCUUCUGAUAUACAGGGCACCAACCGCAUCCUGUCGGAGCGGCGAUCCGAGCAACGGCGUCUGCUGAGCGCCAUCGGCUCUUCCGCCAUCCUCGAUAGUGACCUUCUCAAGCUGAAUCAAUUAAAGUUCCGCAAGAAAAAACUGCGGUUUGGCCGGAGUCGAAUUCACGAGUGGGGCCUCUUUGCCAUGGAGCCAAUAGCUGCUGACGAGAUGGUCAUCGAGUACGUGGGGCAGAAUAUCCGACAGAUGGUGGCCGACAUGCGUGAGAAGCGAUACGCCCAGGAGGGCAUUGGGAGCAGCUACCUCUUCCGCGUGGACCACGACACAAUCAUCGACGCCACCAAGUGUGGCAACCUGGCCCGCUUCAUCAAUCACUGUUGCACGCCCAACUGCUAUGCCAAAGUCAUCACCAUAGAGUCCCAGAAGAAGAUUGUCAUUUACUCCAAACAGGCCAUCAGCGUCAACGAGGAAAUCACUUAUGACUAUAAGUUCCCUAUCGAGGAAAACAAGAUUCCCUGCCUUUGUGGCACCGAGAAUUGCCGGGGCACCCUGAACUGAGACGUACUCCCUCCAUUCAUAUUUAUUUUGUCUGUGUCCCCUCCCCCUCUCUGUUUGCACCCUUCACUUGCUUCCGCUGGAAAAAACUCGUUGCCACAAGAUCCCUCCAGACACCUUUUAGUUUCCAGCGAAUGAGAGAACAUCUCUGUCAUCAGGUUCUGAUCCAUAAGAGUUUCCCUUUUCUUCCCCCCCCCUCCCGACCCCCCCGCUAAUCUGUCCCUGACAGCUGGCAGUUCUCUUGGUUUGUUUAGAUUCAUGGUCCCAGCUCCCGAUUUCUCCCUGGGAAAAUAAAUUAGGCUUAUUGUGAGAGAGUGUUUACCCGUAGAUUUUGACUCCAGCAAAAGUCAAUGGGCUACGAACACCCUUCCCAACUUCUUCCCAGCUUGUUAAGGCCCAAGAAGUACUUGUGGCUAAUUUUACAAUACCUUCUGGCCCUGCUCACGGACUCAGAGAACCACGACAGUGUAGUUUGAAGACUAUUUAAAACCUUUCCCUGCAAAAUGUUCCUUUUGGGUUAUACUUAUCCAGCAUAUAGACUUCAGUCGCAGAACUUCAAAACCGGCUAGGUUUGGAUAAGAUCCCCCAAUUAAAGAGAUUUCCCAAUCUCUGAGGAUGGGUGAUGUUUGCUGCCCCCCAAAGGCCAGACGUAGGAACUGGCCCAGCAUCUGGAAACGUUCAGAGAAUUUUUGGAAGUGAAGGUGUGUAAAUAUGAGGGCGCUCCGGCUCCUGUCCCUUCUCCCAAAGAACUCCGCUCUGGACUUAACGUCAUUACCGGCUUCCAAUUCACAAAAGGCUUUAGAUGCUCCACGCCCUAUAGUUGCUCCUCCCAUUUCCUCCUUGAACUGGAAGAAGUGGUGGGCAAAUGGCUGCUGAGCCUCCAGCACUGUCUCUCUUCAGGAAGCUCUGGGUCACUAGCCUUUUGCACAAGGAGGCCAUGUGUGCUACCAAGGACAGAACGCUCCCUUGCUUUGAGGACAUCUAUCAUAAUGAAAGUACCGUCCCAUUAACCUUUCCUAGCACUUGUGGCCACAGAGAGGCCUUCAAAACCAGUGGGUCGUGCCGUUCACGUCGCCGUAUCCCUUUUCCGUUCCCACGACUGACCUUCUAGCAUCUAGCAAAGGGGCAUAAAAAAAGACUAACCAAAAUAACGACGGGGAGGGGGUUAGAGUGUUCUUUUCUUUAUACGAGCUGCGAUUUCGACCAAGUUGAGUUGCAGCAUAAGCUACGACCUUCCCCCCGCCCUACCGUAAUAAUUUUUCUUUAGGAGAAGAAAGUUGUGUAUAUAUCUAUUCCAGAUGGAUUGGCUGUUUCUUGUAGAAACACACGAGUUUAUUGGGAUGUAAAUAUUUUUUUUUCCUGUUUCCCUCCUCAUACUAAAAAAGAAACGAGAGCUUGUAAAUAAUGUUGCAAAUGUAUUUCCUUCUCCUGUUUUUUAUUCCCCACUCACACCCUGCCGCCUUUUUAAAAAAUGCAAAAAAUGCAAAGUGGGUUUGUUUGUUUUUCCUGGGGAAAAGAAGUAUAAAAUCUUCAGGAUGGUGGAUCAGAAGCCGAAAAGGUGUAUUUCUAAAUGGAAGUCAGAUUUGAAAGAUGAAGCGCUUUGGAAGUGGACAUACGGAACAUUUUAAUAGGAGAGUGGGUGGGGUUUUUUGCAGUAUUCUUAAUUUCUGUCUUUUUUUAAAAAAACCAGUUUAUUGGAGCCUCUGGUAUGGUCUGCAUUGUAACCAUUUUGCACGCUAUGCUCUCAUUUGGUCUAUCAGGAGCAGUUUGAAGACCGGCAGUAUAAUUCUGUUCCUUCUUGCAUUACAAUCUUUGGAUGUGACGCCACCCAGAUAAUCGUAUCUUCCUCUCAGACGUGCAUUUUCCUCAAGCACUUUGGGGGGGGGCGGGAGUUUCAGAGGUCGCAGGCUGGAAACCACUUCAAAGGGGCUUUCCAUUCUAAAAUGGCAGAGUCUUGGUGUUUCCCUUGCAAACUCUGGCCAGUUUUGAGAGAGGUCACUUUCCAAGGAAUGGACGUUUUUGUCGCUGACCACAAAAGACUAUUUCGCAAGGCCUGAAAAUAUUGGGGGAGCAGCCAGAUAUCACAGUCCCUGUCCAAGAAGUGAAGCACUUGCUGCUUCCUAAAAAUCUUACUAUAAGCUUCAGUCUGUCAUCUACUGCCAACUUAUUUUCAAGUCUGUGCCACGUUCCCUCUCGCCGCUUGCAGGCUUCCUCCACUUCCUUGCUGUAUACAAAACAUCUUAGCGUCUCUGAUAUUGGACCGGGUGAGUCCCCCGAGGAAGGAAAAUAGGAAGUCAGUGGAAAGAGGGAUUUGUUUGCGUGCCGUGACAUUGCUGUGGAAAAACUGAGCCAAAAGGCUUGUCGACCCUGGUUUCCUUCCCUUUCCCAUCUUGUUUUGUUUCCAUCUCGCCUGUCGAGGUUCAUACCGUUGCGUGACAAAGUUGAAGUUGCCAUCCUUUUUAAACACUCAUCUGCCGGUUUCCCCUUUUCUUUCUGUCUGAACCUGCCUUCUUCUGUUCUGUCGCGUUUGAAAUGGUCAUCUUGUUUCUUUAACAUCUGUAAAGAAAUAUCCCAAACAACAGGUGCUGGUGGAUUAUUGAUGAAAGAAACAAAAAGCAGGUUUGGGUUUUUGUGAGAGACAAUGGCAGUCUUUACGUCAUUUGUCCAAUUUCAUUCUUCCUGGGACACAGUCACCUGUAUGGAAGAGAAACGUAUCACCCGUGAUUAAAUAAGUGAAAGGAAAUAGGUGCGGUUCACCCUUCUGGGCUGUCUCUUUUGCAUCCCUCGUGGAAGCAGAGAAGAAUUAAUUAGUUGACCUUUAUAGUGCUUCCCCAAAUUGAAUCAUGGCCGCAGUGAAAACUUGAAUCGUCUCUCUCCUUCCAAUUUCUAAACUUCUUUUUAAUAAACUUUUUUUUCCUGUUUCUGUAGAUGUUCUCAGUGAUUCAAAUUCCUGGAUUCCUCCUCACAAACAAAACUCCUUGAAUUCUUUUUCAAAAUAAACUCUCUUCCCCUUAUUUUGAAGUAAGUUCUGCUCAUAGUGAAAAGCACUCAUUCCUCUUACCAAAUCGGGCAGUAAGUGCUGGUUGCAAAUGUCUUAUUCAUCUUCCUCAAGGAGUAUUUCCUUUAAACGUUCCCCUGCUUCUCUUGCAAGACUGUUUGAUUUGACAGCUCUAGUUCCUUUAUCAGUCUCCUCUCAAAGCUUCUGAAAUUAGAAGCUUCUAGAUCCCCAGGCGGAGUGGAGUCUGACAUCUGCUUUCUAACCUCAACAAACCCAUUUUACAUCUCUUCCAUCAAGCCACAACGUGCCACGGUUUUUAGACUUCUGAAGAGUUCUGGUCGACAGGUUUAAACUGAAAGCAUUCGGAUAAUCUUGAGUACAUCCUUAAAUCCAAUAUAAGAUUUCUUUUUCGCGUGAUACAUGUUUGUGUGGUGGGAGGAAAGGGAUUAAACGAAUUCUCUUGAGUUGUGUUUGGGACUGGAAUUUUGGAAAAAGUUGCCCAGAUCUCAACAAAAACCACGUGGACUUUUCUAGCUUCUGUCUUUAACAGGUUUAUUGAUUUGUUAUGCUAAAGUCGCAUUUUAUGGGAGGGGGGAGGCAAGAUUUGGCUUCAUUUAUAGCUUCCUCUUUUUGUUGUAGACGUUUGGAUAUGAAUCCAACAUCCAAAAGGUUCAGGGCGUGUGGGGAUAGUGUUCUGUAUGAAUGAACCGUGACUAGCCAUAGAUUUUGUACUGUCUUCAGAAUCCAUUCAUUAGACUUUAUAUUUUAUUUUCCAAUUCAUUAGGCUUUAUAUUUUAUUAUACAUUAGGCUUUAUAUUUCAUUGUCCAAGCGGUAAAUUCUCUUGCAUUCUUAAUUCUUGCAGGAAAGAUUCUUGGUCCUACCCACUGGCUUUCCCCUCACUCUGUAUACAAGAAUGGGUUCCUCCAGGUAGCAAGCAAAACAGCUUUCUGGUUUAUUAGGGGUUGCUCCAACUCCUUCAUUGGCUGUGCCCUAGAUCUUUUUGAGAUCCACUGGGCCCUAGAUCCUUUUGAGCGUUCUCUAUCCCCAGCUUUUAAAUACUUGUACAGUAUAAAAUAAAGAGUUGACGUUUCCAUUUUAUUUACCCUCGAUUCGUUUUGAAACGUGUUAAGUGUUGAUUGCCCUUGACGAUUUCCCCACUUAUUGAGGCUAGCAACGGGAGCAGCUCCAACCCCAUCCACCUACCGACAGUGCGGUCCUGUCACCCCUGCAGGCUAUCAUGUCAGCAGCCCACCUCUGCCGGGCACUUCCUGGCAAAACAGGAAGUGAGGUGUUUUGUUUUAAAGAAGGAAGCAGAGAUCAGAAAAACCUGAAAAUGUUAUCCCGAAUGCUUGAACGUCGUUGGGCGCCCAACUUUUUUUUUCUUCAUCUUUCAAAGCUGACUGCCAUCUUCUACUUCGUAGAGCUGAAGGGUUCAAAAGUUAUCCACCUUCCCCACCUCUUUCCUUGAUUUGCAUUUACCGAUGUAGAUAUGUUUGUAAAAUAUAAUAAGAUACACACAAAAAAUAAACAAAUCUCUCUAGGGGGGGGGGGGAGGGUUAUGCUUUUUAACCCUCCUUAACAGCCGUUUGCUGAGACUUUUGUGUUUAGCCCAGAGGGUAGAAACGCGCACAUUUGGUGGAACAAUUCUUUUUUUUCUUGUGGCUUUGUUCCCCCUUCCUUCCCCGCCUGCCCAACAGAUGGGUCUCUUUAAGCUCGCCUACCUACUCUUCUGUCUGUCUGUAUAAAUAUUAUAUAUAUAUAAAUAUAUAUAUAAAUAUAAAUAUAUUUUCAUUUGAUCUUAUCGGCUUCCUACCUGUAAAUAUGUUAAUAAUUUGUGAAUUCAUUACUUGGUGCCAGAUAGCACAUUUUUAUAAAAGUCAUUAAACUUUUAUUGUACAAAA